CCCAUUCAGUUCCGGGAGAACCUCCAGGACCUUCUUCCCAGAGUGCCCAAUGCUGAUGACUACUUCCUCCUGCGCUGGCUGCGAGCUCGAGACUUUGACCUGCAGAAAUCCGAGGACAUGAUCCGGAGGCACAUGGCGUUCCGGAAGCAACAAGACCUGGACAACAUCCUCUCGUGGCAGCCCCCCGAGGUCAUCCGGUUGUAUGACUCGGGAGGUCUGUGUGGCUACGACUACGAAGGCUGCCCUGUGUACUUCCACAUCAUCGGGUCCCUUGACCCCAAGGGUCUCCUGCUAUCGGCCUCCAAGCAGGACCUGAUCCAGAAGCGCAUCAAGGUCUGCGAGCUGCUUUUGCAUGAGUGUGAGCUGCAGACUCAGAAGCUAGGCAGUAAGAUCGAGACGGCACUGAUGGUGUUUGACAUGGAGGGGCUGGGCCUGAAACACCUGUGGAAGCCAGCUGUGGAGGUCUACCAGCAGUUUUUUAGCAUCCUGGAAGCAAAUUAUCCUGAGACUCUGAAGAAUUUAAUUGUCAUUCGAGCCCCCAAACUGUUCCCCGUGGCCUUCAACUUGGUCAAGUCGUUCAUGAGUGAGGAAACACGCAGGAAGAUUGUAAUUCUGGGAGACAACUGGAAGCAGGAGCUGACGAAAUUCAUCAGCCCUGACCAGCUGCCCGUGGAGUUUGGGGGGACCAUGACUGACCCCGAUGGCAACCCCAAGUGCCUGACCAAGAUCAGCUACGGGGGUGAGGUGCCCAAGAGCUACUACCUGUGCAACCAGGUAAGGCUGCAGUACGAGCACACGGAGUCCGUGGGUCGAGGCUCCUCCUUGCAGGUGGAGAACGAGAUUCUGUUCCCAGGCUGUGUGCUCAGGUGGCAGUUCGCAUCGGAUGGUGGGGACAUCGGCUUUGGGGUUUUCCUGAAGACCAAAAUGGGGGAACGGCAGAGGGCUCGGGAGAUGAUGGAGGUGCUGCCCAGCCAGCGCUACAACGCCCACCUGGUGCCCGAGGAUGGGAGCCUCACCUGCAUCAAGGCUGGUGUCUAUGUCCUGCGCUUUGACAACACCUACAGCCGGAUGCACACCAAGAAGCUCAGCUAUACUGUGGAAGUGCUGCUUCCCGACAAGGCCUCUGAGGAGACAUUGCAGAGUCUCAAGGCGGCGAGACCCUCCCCAACACAGUGAAGACCCUAGCCACCUCAGCCUGUGUUUUCCAACCCCUUUGCACCCACCCCCGAUCCCUGCCGUCCCAGGCAGGGUGGUGCUGAAGGUGGCUGCAAAGAGUCACCUGUCCCACGUCACCAUCUCAGCUCAUCGUGGGCCCACCUGCCACAGAGACCAAGCUGUAAGGGGCCACCAGGGCAUUGACCAUGCUGAAGAUUCAGACAGGAACCUCUUUUCCUGUUCUCAGAGAAUGGGGAUGAGAAUGAGACACUGAAGAUGACCCAGUCCACUGAAGAUGGGUCCUGCCUGCAGAAGCUGCCCUUCCAUCCAUCCCAACAAGGUCCAGCCACCCAGGACUCGCCCAUGCCUGGAGUUCCAGCUUCAGGGGGUGUGCGUGGCUCCCAGGCUCUGUGGGCAUCACUGCUUCAGGCCUGAAAAGCAGAGAAGCCCCGUUCUCUGCACGUAGGAGGUCAGCAGGGGUGGGCAGGCCCAGCUGGAGGCAGCUGGGUAAUGAGAUGGGGCAAGGAUGAGGGUCCUGGUUUCAGCAGAGCAUUGGGGCCCAUCCAAGUUUGUUCUGCCACCACUGGAUGGAAAAUUGGAAAUGGGCUGGGUGCAGCGAUUCACACCUAUAAUCCCAGCACUGUGGGAGGCCGAGGUGGGCAGAUCAUCUGAGGUCAGGAGUUCGAGACCAGCCUGACCAACAUGGCAAAACCCUGUCUCUACUAAAAAUACAAACAUUAGCCAGGCAUGGUGGUGUACACCUGUAAUCCCAGCUACUCAGGAGGCUGAAGCGAGAGAAUUGCUUGAACCCAGGAGACAGAGGUUGCGGUGAGGUUGCCACUGCAUUCCAGCCUGGCGACAGAGCCAGAUUCCGUCUCAAAAUAAACAAACAAAUAAAUGAAAGAAAAUUGGAAAUGGAGAGGUGGGGUCAGGCAGAGGUAACCAUCAGAGGAAAAGCCACGCUCAGCCUUUCAGUUGAGUGGGUAACGACUGAGUCUCCAGGGAAUUCCCAGUGCCCUCCCCUCCACACCUGCUGUGAUCCCGCCAACAUUUAGCUUUGAUUCUUCUGGCAGCUGCACCAUUCAUGGAUGUGUAUACAUAGUCUGGACAGGUGCUUUGCUGCUAGAAACAGCAAACCACUUAAAUUCAAUUCCUAAAGCCAGUGCCAUGAGGCAUCCCUGCGCCAACUGGGUGUUUGAGCAGAUUGGCAAGAAAAAAAAUGGCUGUGCUGGCUCCAUGGAGAUGGCCUGGGCUGUCGGGCAAGAGUCACAGAACAUCCCCAUCUCCAGGGGCUGCCUCUGCAUCCGAGAUGUGACAGGCAUCCCCCGACCCUGUUGCACUGCAUGGCCACCCCGUCUGCAGCUUCCCCAGAUGCAGUGACAUCUGGAGGGCCAGAGGCACCUGGGCUUCCAAGGCAGGCUGUGACUGACUGGAGUUGGGAGGACCCUGUUCUAAAUGUCACAAGGCCCACCUUGUCAUGAUGGGGGAUUAUAAUGCCUCACUUCAGCCUUGACGUCCUCCGCCUAAAAACCAGGGGUUCCUAGACUUGAACUCUGAUUCUUGUCCAUGUAACUACCCACAGUCAAUUUUCUGCCAUCAGCACAGCCUUGUCUGGUUUCCUUGCAGGUAGCAAGGAUUGCUCUGCCCCCUGUACAAGGGUUUCCAAGGCUCUGAUCACAGGGCUGUGAUCACAAAUACGGGCUGCCUGGGGGGUGGCAAACAGAAAUGGGGUCAGGUGCAGGCACCAGUGACAGAAUUGCAGUGAGCACAGGAGUCGCCUGCAGAGGUGAAAGCAGAAUCUCCUACCAAGCCAGGACAGGAGGGCACACUGGGAGCUCAGCAGGGGCACAUGUCCUCAGCAACCCCAUUUCUAAUUCUUCUUCUUUUUUUUUUUUUUUUUUGAGACAGAGUGUCUGUUGCCCAGGCUGGAGUGCAGUGGCGUGAUCUCAGCUCACUGCAACCUCCACCUCCUGGGUUCAAGUGAUUCUCCCUCCUGCUGCAGCCUCCUGAAUAGCUGCGACUACAGACAUGCACCACUACAUCUGGCUGAUUUUUGUAUUUUUAGUAGAGAUGGAGUUUCACCAUGUUGGCCAGGCUGGUCUCAAACUCCUCACCUCAAGUUAUCUGCCUGCCUCAGCCUCCCAAAGUGCUGGGAUUACAGUUGUGAGCCACCAUGCCCAGCCCUCAUUUCUAAUUCUUAACACUGUCACUUCUUUACAAAACUGAAAAAAAACAAGUCACCCAAAGAGGGGCAGUGGGUUGCCCAAAGUUUGUUUCUUCAUUCAUGUAUUGAUUUUUUUUUUUUUUUGAGGCGGAGUAUCGCUCUUGUUACCCAGGCAGGAGUGCAAUGGCGCAAUCUCGGCUCACCGCAACCGCCGCCUCCUGGGUUCAAGCAAUUCUCCUGCCUCAGCCUCCUGAGUAGCUGGGAUUACAGGCAUGCACCACCAUGCCCAGCUAAUUUUUUGUAUUUUUAGUACAGACGGGGUUUCACCAUGUUGACCAGAUGGUCUCGAUCUCUUAACCUCGUGAUCCACCCGCCUCGGCCUCCCAAAGUGCUGGGAUUACAGUCAUUCAUUGAUGUUAAUUUAACUUUUUAAAAGCAGAGACAGAGGUCUUGCUAUGUUGCCCAGGCUGAUCUUGAACUCCUGGGCUCAAGCCAUCCUCCCUGCGUCAGCCUCUCAAAGUGCUGAGGUCACAGGUGUGAGCCACUGGGCCUAGCCUGCUUUUGGAUGUUUAUUGAGUAUCUGCCCAGCACCAGGCACUGCAGGCUCUGGGGACACUGAGAACUCUGGGCUGACCCAACUGUGUUAACUGGAGGUUCGAACUCAUGGAAGGAGGGAGGUGGAAGUGACACCAGUGAUCAGUUAUCAAGUGGGUACAUUGCCACCAUGGGUGCUUGGUGAGGGGCAGGAGCUGAAUUCUAAUUUUUGCAUUUUUAAUAGAGACAGGGUUUCACCAUGUUGGUCAGGCUGGUCUUGAGCUCCUGACCUCAAGUGAUCCACCCACCUCUGCCUCCCAAAGUGCUGGGAUUACAGACAUGAGCCACCAUGCCAGGCCCAGUAGAUAGACUUUUUUUUUCAAGUUUGACUAGGCAUUUCUCCAUGGAUGAUAUACAGCCUUUUGCACCUGCCUCUUGGUACCCAAGUUCUUGUCCAGCAUCCAGGAAGAUUCAGGUCACACGAAUAAAUUGAAGAGCGGUGAAUCUGGAGGAUUAUAUUGAGCAGUGUUAAGUGGCUCUCAGCAGGAUGGAGAGCUGGAACGGGGACGGAGUGGGAAGGUGAUCUUUCCCUGGAGUCUGUCUGUCCCUGGUGGAACUCUUCUCCGAAGUCUCAGGGUCAAGCCAUCUCCCUGAAGUCAAACUGCUUCUCUCUAACACCUAUGUUGAGAAAUGCUGAGUAUAUGAUAAAAUAUAUUGUUUGCUAAGAACGAUGGCAAGGAAAACCUGGCCGCCCUCCCGCCUAAGUGGAAAACUACUUGGGGCAUUCUAACGUAGCAAGACAGUCUACAUAGAUCAUACACCUGUUAAAACAAUUCUUUAAGCACCGGAUGUGUGAUCCUGCCCCCAUGGCUGCCUCGUGGAGAAUAUAGUAUCAGUGGUAAGCAGGCCCCAGCUUAUUUUUGGUCCAUGAGAAAAUACAGAACACCUGUUUGUUAAUAAUAAUCACCUGUUCAGAGAGACUAAAUCCGUGGGUCAGCAUCUGCUCAAGGCCCUCACCCCAGAAUGCUGUCAGCCUCGGAGGCUCUCAGCUCGGAAGGCUGCUGGCCAUCCCCCACAACCUGGAUAGUCCCACUUUGCUGUUCUAUCUGGAUCUCUGCUUCUUAAUGCCUCAGCGCCGCCUGGGUGGGGGGUCUCUCUGGUAAGCUGGCUGCUGCUUCUCUUCUCUCCUCUGCUGCUCCACCCCACCACUGUGCCACCCCUCUGCCAGUGGAGCCUGGGGUCUUGACGGGUAAAAGAUGGGGGAUGGGGCAGGCCAGAAGACAACAUUUGAGCUGGAAAAGAGACAAAGUGAGGAUACUUUGGACCACAGUCCCAGGCUGGAGGGUGGGGUCCUCUCCAGGGAACUUGUCCUUUUCUGCCUAGCAUUUCCCUGCCUCCUGUCCACAUCAACACCGUCCUCCCCACUCAGCCUUCCAGGUAGCUGGAACCACAGGCACACACCACUACAACCAGCUAAUUUUUUGUAUUUUCUUGUAGAGAUGGCGUUUUACCAUGUUGCCCAGGCUGGUCUCAAACUCCUGGGCUUAAGCUGUCCACCUACCUUGACCUCCUAAAGUGCUGGGAUUACAAGUGUGAGCCUGGCCCGUUAUUUAUUAUUUUGUGGAGAUGGGGUCUCACCCUGUAACUCAGGCUGGAGUGCAGUGACACAAUCAUAGCUCACUGCAGCCUCAAACUCGUAGACUCAAAGGAUCUUCCCACUUCAGCCUCCUGGGCCACUGAGACUACGGCCAUCGCACUCUGCUCAGGAGGAGGAUUUUCAUUCAUUAAAAAUAAAAUUAUUUAUAGCUUCAGACAA